AUGAAGUUCGCAAGUGCGUUGGUGAUCGCCGGUUUGUUGGCCGUCGGAGCUGCCGAAUGGAUCGACAUUGACUGGUCGCAGGUCAAGCCGAUCGAUGAGUUCGACCACUACUGGGCUCGUCUGCCGGCGGAGGUACAGUACCUGCGCCAUGUCCGCCCCGCUCGCAUCGUGGGAGGUGCCGAAGCCCUGCCCGGACAGUUCCCGUACCAGAUUGCGCUGUUGAGUACCUUCGCCACUGGCACUGGUCUUUGCGGUGGUACUGUCAUCACCAACAACUACAUCCUGACGGCGGCUCACUGUGUGGUCGGAGGCAAUGGAGCGUUGGCCACCGGAGGUACCGCGAUCCUCGGAGCGCACAACCGUAACGUGCAGGAACCGACUCAGCAGCGCAUUGCCUUCACCCAGGCUGGAAUCCGUGUUCAUCCCGGUUACAACUCGGCCACCAUCCGCAACGACAUUGCCGUCGUGCGUCUGAACACUCCGGCGGUCUACAAUGAUCGCGUGCAGCCGAUCCAUCUGCCAGCCCGCUCUGAUGCCCGCACCUUCGCCGGAAUGGAAGGAACCGCGUCCGGUUUCGGACGUACCUCGGACGCCUCGACGGCUACCUCGCCGGUGGUGAUGUUCACUCGCAACCCCAUCCAGUCAAACGCUCAGUGCAACGGCUUCUGGAGCACUGCGCUGGUUCAGGACCAGAACAUUUGCUUCGAUCCUGCCGGUGGACGCUCGGUGUGCAACGGUGACUCUGGUGGCCCGCUGGCCGUGCAGGACGGUGGCAGCAGCCUCGAGGUCGGUAUUGCCUCGUUCGUGUCCGCCGCUGGAUGCGCCUCGGGUGCUCCUUCCGUGUUCGUGCGCGUCUCCUUCUUCCGCGACUUUAUUGAGCAGAACUCGGACUUCGUGUUCCGUCCGUAA